GGGUUUUUGUUCCACGUCAAAAACACGGCCGGACGAGAAAAGAUUAUUUAAAAUUUCAUUCCAAUUAAAGAAUUUGCGCUCAACAUGGUGAGUUUGCUACAGGAAAUAGACACAGAGCAUGAGGACAUGGUCCAUCAUGCCGCUCUAGACUUCUAUGGAUUACUACUGGCCACUUGCUCAUCAGACGGUAGCGUUCGGAUUUUUCACUCGCGUAAAAAUAAUAAGGCCCUUGCGGAACUUAAAGGCCACCAGGGUCCAGUGUGGCAAGUAGCAUGGGCACAUCCCAAGUUCGGUAACAUCUUAGCAUCGUGCUCCUAUGAUCGUAAAGUAAUUAUAUGGAAAUCAACAACACCCAGAGACUGGACAAAACUAUACGAGUACAGCAAUCACGACUCUUCGGUCAACUCUGUGGAUUUUGCUCCAGCUGAAUAUGGAUUAGUGCUUGCAUGUGCAAGCUCGGAUGGUUCCAUUUCGGUGUUAACGUGCAACACAGAGUACGGUGUUUGGGAUGCCAAGAAAAUACCAAAUGCCCAUACAAUUGGAGUGAAUGCCAUUUCCUGGUGUCCGGCUCAGGCACCUGAUCCGGCGUUUGAUCAGCGAGUGACUUCACGCAAUGCAGCCGUAAAACGUUUGGUCAGUGGUGGAUGCGAUAAUCUCGUCAAGAUUUGGCGCGAAGAUAAUGAUCGAUGGGUUGAAGAGCAUCGUCUGGAGGCACAUUCAGACUGGGUGCGCGAUGUGGCAUGGGCACCAUCGAUUGGGUUGCCACGCUUGCAAAUAGCCUCAGCAUCCCAGGAUCGCCAUGUUAUUAUCUGGAGCAGUAAUGCUGAUUUGACCCAAUGGACAUCAAGUGUAUUGCAUACGUUCGAUGAUGCCGUGUGGAGCAUUUCCUGGUCGACCACUGGCAACGUCUUGGCCGUCACUGGCGGUGAUAACAAUGUAUCACUUUGGAAGGAGAGCAUCGAGGGUCAAUGGAUACGCAUUAACUACGAAUCGGGCACUGCCAUUCAAUCGAAACAGCCACAUCAUUUACACAAUGCCCAACAGCAGCCACAGCAGCCAACCCAUCUUCAACAAUCGUCGGACUCUGAGCAUAGUUCCAACUUAUCGAAUUCAAAUCUGUCAAAUUCGCAGCUAUCAAACUAGAACUUUUGCGUAAAACAUCUGUAUGCCACAGAUCAUUAUAAUGGUCAUGGUCAAUUUAUCUUACAAAUGAAAUAUAUAUAUAUAAACUGAAAAAUUACCAUGUUAAUAUUUCAUGUUUAUUUAAAUCUCUUGUUUUUCAAUUGUCAUUAAUGUCCACACACAAAGUCAACAUUAACACUGCCACAAAAAUGGAAAGUCUACCUAAGCUUCUUAAUUGUUCAUGUUUCUUAUUUGUAUGUUAUUUCAUUUCAUUCUGAAAAAGGAAGUUGCUCAUUUCUGUAAAUUGAGAACACGUGCUGAAAUAAAGUAAAGUAGACCACAUUAAAC